AUGUCCAAACCGCUCAUAUUUAUCACCGGUGGCACAGGAUUCAUCGGCUCACAUGUAGCCCUAGCCCUCCUGAAUGCAGGAUACCGCGUGCGUCUCAGUAUCCGCGAUCCAAAGCAAGAAGCUGUCCUGCGAGCGCGCUACAAUGAUUUCGACGGGUCCGUUGAGAUCAGCUUGAUUCCGGACUUGUCCAAGCAAGAGUAUUUCGAUACGGCCCUCAAGGAUGUCGACCAUGUCUUCCAUCUUGCUUCUCCGCUGCCCGCCCCCAGCGGCGACUUGAAAAAAGAUUACAUUGAUCCCGCUGUGAACGGUACGCUGGCAGUUCUCCGUGCUGCGAGUGCAUAUCCGCAGAUCAAGAAGGUGGUGGUUAUGUCGUCGGUUUUGGGGAUAACGCCCGUGCUGGAUAUGUUCGUCUACAAGGAUAUUACGUGGAACGGUACGUAUAACCCUAGACGUAUUUUGGAGAAAACGAACAAAAAGCUAAAGCCCUAUGCAGAGAAUAGCCGCGAGGUUAUUCCCGUGGACACCUCGGUCGUUUACCCAGAUGACUUGUUCGGAGGCGCCAAGAAAUAUUCCACCUCCAAAAUCAUGGCUCACCAGGCGACGCGCGACUUUCUCAAAAAUGAGAACCCCCAUUACAACCUGAUCACCCUGCACCCAAGCUUCGUGAUGGGCGAGAGCCUGAUUCAGGAAACAGCUGAGCAGAUCAGCGGCAUGAACGCCUACUUCUUGAUAUCUCUUGCGAGCAAGCAGCCUCUUCUGGGUACGGGGUGGGUGCACGUUCUCGAUGUUGCCGACGCGCAUGUCAAGAUUUUGCAGACGGAUCUGCAGACCGGGACGGAGAUUAUCCUCUGUCGUCCUGUGAUUGCUUGGGAGGAUGUUGCUUCGUUCGUUAGGAGCAAGUAUCCCGAUCUGCCGGUGAAUCUGGAGCCGCCGUUUCCGGGGAAAUGGACUAUUAAUAAUGAUAUUGCUGAGAAGAGCUUGGGUAUUCAGUGGAGAAGUAUGGAGACCAUUGUGCAGGAUGUUCUGGAUCAGCAGUUGGCUCUGCAGACUAACGCUGCCGCGGCUUAG